AUAAGUGCUUCGUAUCACGUGUCAUUAACGAACAACUUUCUUUCUCCUCUACUUGCAGCAACAUGCUCUUAGUGCCUGGAACAUCACGAAGCAGUUCGGGUCAUUCUGGAAAUCUUUUGUCGCCCAGUAAUCGAGGUGUUUCUUACCCACCGCCGUCACCUACGAGAGCAACCCUUCGUCGUGGCUUCGCUUUCUCGCAAUCCAUCAAGAAUCCGCCGCUCGUUAAAACGCGCAACGUACAAUCGCAGAGCUUCAAUUAUCCACAGCACGCAGCAGCAACAGCUCAACUCCAGCAAUCAUCGAGUUUCAAUCAGUAUACGACGUCGUCGACUUCGCAUCUCAUCGCCACAGGAACUGAUCGACCGAUUCCCAUGCAAAUUGGACGUCCCGGAUCGGGACAGAGCACCCCCAAGAUCAGCAGAAGUAGCAGCAGCAAUGAAACAAACGACACAUAAUGACAGCUGACGCACUUUCUCUUGUGACGACUUUACAAGAAAAAAUGAUGGACCAAAAAAAAAUGAUGAUUUCCCACCUUCUGCGCUUCUUCAUGCAUUUUUUGUAUUUUUAAUUGAAAAACAAAAAAAAAAUAUAUAUAUUAAAUGACCAACGUCAUUUUAAU